AUGUCUGAUCCGGAGCCCUCGGUGGCGAUCUCAUCCUCGCCCUCUCUCCCGGCCACCGACUCCAAUCCUCUAAACUACGCCUUCCUCGUUCAUUCCCAAAAGACCCUCACCCAGAACCUUCCUCCUCGCGUCGACAAUAAACUGCUAGCCCGCCAGAAGCGGCGUCGGACUAGCCCAGAGGAUCACGCAAUUCUCGAGGCAGAGUACCAGCAGAAUCCCAAACCAGACAAGGCAGCCCGCACGAGUAUCGUAAACCGUGUCUCCCUCGGGGAGAAAGAGGUCCAAAUUUGGUUCCAAAACCGCCGCCAGAACGAUCGUCGGAAAUCUAAACCCCUCCAGCCUCACGAAUUACUUGCCCCACGGUCGGGCUUGGUCGAUUCAUCGGGCCAGCCUUUGAGUGAUGAUAACGCGUCGGCGGAGCCGGGGUCUUCGAGUGGGGCAGAGCAAUUUGACAUCAACGACCACCGUGAGGAUAUGGCAUCGAAAUCAUGGCAUGGGGGCCUGUUGCAGUUUUCAGAUGAUUCUGACCCAAUAACUGGAGACAAAGAUGAACAUGAACUGCCUCACAGUACUCAAACGAGCGUUGCGACAGAGGUAGGGGAAACUCCGCCCACCACACAGGAGGAAUUUUCCCAAAAUGCGAACGAGCACUCGGAAGACUUGCUGCAACAAGUACCAAAGAGGAAACGUUCGUUGACGGACAUUCGAGGCGAAGGAGAGAAUGGACAACAGACAGCCAAUAUACACACCACACCCACCAAAUCACCACCAUCGCUGCGAUUGUCCAUGUCUUUUGAUGGAGAGGCUUUGGUACGUAAAGAAGGCGAACUCACGCCAUCUCCACCCAAGGGCCGCAAUUCUCUGCGUAUCGCGAUGUCGUCGGAUGGGAAGGCAGUAAUUCGCGGAGAGAACGAACCCUCGCCGUCCAAAAACCGCGUGGCGAUGUUUUCAGUCCGCCGAACAAAAAUGUCAAGUCUGCACCGGAGCAGCAGUGCUAUCUUCCCGACCACGCCUGCGCGGGCAGGCGUGGCCGAGAAAGACAGAGCUUUCGGUCGGUCGCGUGAUUCGCGUAAUUGGGAAUCAUUCUGUGACACGGACGCAAGGAGUGCGUUGUCAACACCAACAAGUGUCUCGAAUAGUUCCCCAGCUCUCUUCCAAUCCCGCAGCCAGCGGCCGUUACCACGAAGUGCCUCAGGGCGGCACAGCUUCAAUGCCCAUGCCGACCUGAUGAAUACGCCCAUCUCCCAGUCCAUGGGAGAAAAGAGGCGGAAGCUUGCUCGCACCGUUUCGUCUCUGGGGCGACUAGAGACUGGUCGCAACAGGGCUAACACAAUCCCAUCAAAAUUGUCCAAACCUAUAUUUACCAAAUCCGGCAAGCCAGAUCUGGAGCAGGAUCUCGGCGACUCCGACAAGGAGAACUGGGUUCCAGGCACACGAUCAACAAAUAUCCGUCGGCGUAAUACAUCUCACAUCCCUCGACCGGUUCUGCGCGAUGCCAACCGCAAUCGAGGUCUCGGCAUCUCGACGAACGGCAAGCGCAAUCGACCACUCCAAGCUGGCUCACAGGGCAAAGCUCCACCAGAGUUAAGCGCAGAGGUCUCGGCUUUCAUGGCCGGUGGCUCGGGGGAUACCCAAGAAGAUGAUUUGGACUGUGUCCAAGGUCUCCUGUCCUUGAGCCAGGGGGCCUGGCGAUGA